AGCUUGGACAACUCCCGCGCAGGACAUUCACAUCAUUCCUUCAUCUUCAGGUGACGCUCUGCCUUUAUCAGCACAUUCACAAUGCCAUCUGAUCUGGAGAGAGCAAUGGAGACCCUGAUCACGGUGUUUCACCGUUAUUCAGGCGCAGAGGGGAACUCAUCAACCCUGAGUCGAAGAGAGCUUAAACAGCUGAUGGAGAAAGAGCUGGCUAGUUUUCUGAAGAGUCAGAAAGACCCUGCUGCCGUAGACAAGAUUAUGAAGGAUCUGGAUGCCAAUGGGGAUGGAGAGGUGAAUUUUGAGGAGUUUGUGUCUCUUGUGGUGGGCCUGUCCAUCGCCUGCGAACAACUCUACCAGAAACAGAUGAAAGCAGCAGCCAAGAAGUAAUAAAAGACCAAACAUGAGGGGAAAAAAAGUUUUUCUGUUUUGUCACAUUGUUAAUAGUUUAAUACACACUUUCAUCCGCAUGCCCCAAUUGGAAGUUGCAACUGCAGUUACAAUGCAUUUUUGCAAAUGAGGAUGUUUUGUCAUUUUUGUCAAGUCAUGUUCAGUUUUAUUGUAAGUUUUUCUUGUUUGAAGUAUUAUUUAGACACAAAAGAUGUCAUCAUCAUCCGAACAAAUAGUACAACCGUGAAAAUAAACAUUUUGUGAUUUUUUUUUAUUCCA